CUAACCACACACAACACGAGUGUGGAAAACUUAUUUAUAUAUAUUUAUUCUAACUAUUUAGACGCCGGCAACUGUUGAAGACGUAAACAUCUACGCAGCAUCAUAACAGAGAAUCACUAAGGAUGCUCGUGCUGUGCACCUUUGUUGUCAUUACCUUGUAAUAUGCCUGAUCGUCUGGCAUGUUAACGUCUCGCGAAAAAUCCUGCUGAGCUAUUUCUAGUCCAACAACCUCAACGCCACGGCAAAGGCGAACGCAAAUUCAAUGGCCACAUCGGACUUUGUACUAGGCGGCCUGGCCUCCGUGGGCGCCACCUUUUUCACGAACCCGAUCGAGGUGGUCAAGACGCGCAUCCAACUGCAGGGCGAGCUGGCAGCACGCGGCUCCUACGUGGAGCCCUACAAAGGAAUCGUUCAGGCCUUUAUCACAGUGGCCAAAAAUGAUGGAAUGAUGGGUCUGCAGAAGGGUCUUGCGCCCGCCCUCUACUUUCAAUUCAUAAUCAACUCUUUCCGGUUAAGCAUUUACACAAACGCCAUGGAAAAUCAUUGGAUGCAUAAGAAAAAUGGCGAGGUUUCCUUUAGCUUGGGGCUGAUGUGGGGCGCCAUUGGCGGCAUUGUUGGCUCCUACUUUUCUAGUCCAUUUUUCAUGAUCAAGACGCAAUUACAAUCGCAGGCAGCCAAGGAGAUCGCCGUUGGCCACCAGCAUGCACACAAGUCCAUGAGCGGCGCCCUCAAAGAGAUCUACAGCAAAGGAGGCAUAGUUGGACUGUGGCGUGGAUCCUUGUCUGCCCUGCCCAGAGCUGCCGUCGGCUCUGGUGCACAGAUCGCAACAUUUGGCAAGACCAAAUCAUUGUUGAUGGAAUACGAUUUGGUUCACCAGCCAACGUUGAAUUCCUUUUGCUCAGGCUUAAUUGCCGGCUCACUAAUGUCCGUGGCUAUAACGCCGCCCGAUGUGAUUAGUACGCGACUCUAUAACCAGGGCCUUGAUGCGCAGGGGCGUGGCCUCUACUAUAAGGGCUGGCUGGAUUGCUUUGUGAAGAUCUUGCGCACCGAGGGCAUCUAUGGUAUGUAUAAGGGCUUUUGGGCCAAUUAUCUACGUAUCGCUCCACACUCCACGUUAGUGCUGUUGUUCUUCGAUGAGCUGAUUGCCGUACGUGAAAAGUACAAACUUGGAGAUGCUUCUUCCUGAUUGUGCUAGUCCUUAUCUUUGUGUAACGUUAAGUACAAAUGUGUAUAAUUGUUUUGCUAGUAGUUUGUUGAAGACAAA